AUGCAAGUAAAAUAUCUAGACAAGAGUAACCCUACAUAUUGGGACCCCGUACAUUUAACUUACCCUGUGAGGAAAUUUCCAGACACUGGUCUGUCUAGUGAGACAAUAGCUAGAGGACAUAGGAGUGAACCCGAAGUUUUAAAACAUAUUAAAACUGGCUGCUACGAAGUAAAACGCUACGACGUAGAUCAUAGUGUUAGAAAUGAUCUUCUGCGAUCCCAAACAGCUGUGGACUAUUCCUAUAAGGUUCCAGAAACAAAGAUCUUUAACAAGCACACCUCUGGAACAAGCAACAAGUAUGUUUAUCCUCCGCAGAAAAAUCUUAGCGACAUAACCCCUAACAUCAACGCCCACGGAGUAUCAGAGGCCAGAGACAAGUACAAGAGACCUGUUCUGGACAGCAAAUUAGUUACAGACAAGGACCAAUAUAAGACCCAUCACUCUUUUGAACCUUGCGAACCAAUGCCCAAGUAUAUAGAACCACUAUUCUACGACUACGACGGUUUCGAGAAACAUUUGGAUCCGUAUGUUACAACCAGUCGAUUGCACCAUAGGUUGUUCGCAGCUGAACAAACAGACAGAACGAAAGAUAUAGUUACGUAUUAUACCUGUUCUAACACACCGUGGGUUCGCUCUCGGAAACCACAUACUGCCGAAUGGUCUCUACCUAAGAGCAGAGUAAAAUCCGUGUAUGAUAGAGAAAAGUUUAAAGAUGAAUUCCAUGAAAUUAGAACACACAAUAAACUACAGUGGGUACCAAACACCUUUCGGACAGAAGUAAGGGAUAAUUUUACCCCUAAACCUGGUAGCUUGGAGUCAAAAGUAUACAGCAAUGAAGAACAAGUCAGAGCAUUUCAUUCAAAGACCAUGGCUAGCUUGAAAACUGGAAUUCUUGAGGAAGAUUUGGCUUUAAAACGAAUGUACAAAACAGAAAAUGCAGUUGUCGGUUCUAAAAAACCUUUAUGCGCUGUACUUGAUCCUUAUGUAUAUAGAAAUAAGAGAUUAGCCAGUAAGACGAGAACUAAUCGACUGUAUUAUACAGUCAGUUGUGCGAACAACACGUGUGUAUUUAUUUUGUAUCGGUUAUCGAUUUUGUUCAGUGAAUUUUUAAUAAUGACACAUUUAAAGCUACUCAUAUUUGUAUUGCUGUUUAUACAAAUAAAUGGAAGAGAAAAUAAGCUCCUACUGACAGUAUAUUACGAGAGCAAAUGUCCCGACAGCAAGUCCUUCAUACUGAGACAACUGCAACCCGCUUACAAUCUGCUACACCCUUACAUCAGGCUAAAGAUGAUACCGUUUGGAAAGGCGCAGAGUAUAAACUACGGUGACGAAGGUUUCGAAUGUCAACACGGGCCCUCAGAAUGUAUGGGGAAUAUAGUCCAGGACUGCGCGCUGCACCACAUGAGAGGGCGAAGCGACGCUAAGCUCCUAGCCUAUGUCGCCUGCGAGAUGAAGACUGAGGCAGCUGCGAGAGGAGACUUUUUUUGUGUGGAACGAGCUGGUCUCCCGACCUCCACCAUCGGCCACUGCGCCAUGUCGGGCCAGGGGGUGGCCUUGCAAAUGGAGUCAGAAUACUACACCAACUUGCUGAGACCGAAGUUCAUACCUACGAUUACUAUUAAUGGGGUAUUCGACCAACAAAUCCAGAAUGAUGCACAAAGAGAUCUCCUCGGCACAUUAUGUUCGAUACUCACAGAAGCGGCCCCUUGCGCCCGCUACCACAACAAAGUCGCUAUGAACCAUCUGCUCUACUCAAACGGACCUACGUAUUACCUGAAUUCGGGAUAUCUAACAAAAUGAACAUUCUUCUUAAUUGUAAGCUUAUUUUAUUUAUUGUAAAUAAAAUUAUGUUUUAACCUU